UUUUACUGUAAAGAAACAGGGCUUUCUUCCGCUUUUUCUAGCAGCAAAGUGCUUUGUUAGGGAACUGUCUUAUCAGUAGCUUUCUGCACUCCCAGCAGCAUCAACAGUCCUCAGGGCUCCCCAUACAUUUCAACAAACAUUUUCUGCUGCUGCAUGAAUACUCGGAAACCUUCUGGCUCCAGCAAAAGGAAAAUGUGGGUUGUGGCCAACAUUUUUAGCCACAGAAAACCAGAAAUGUCGGAUACGCCUGAUACUUCUGACUCCAGCAAAGAAGAGUGGGUUAUACCCAAUGGUUCUGGCUCUAACAGAGAAGUGUGUUGUACAUCCAACAUUUCUGGCUCCAGAGGAAGAGAAUCAUGGCAUACACGCGAUGUUUCUGGCAACAGAAGAAGAAAGGCAUUGGAAAGACAGUGUGAGGACACUGAUCUCAGAAAGACAACUGCAGAAGGCAGCAGACUUACAUCUGACACCUCACAGCAGCCACUAGCCUAUGGAGACCAGACUUCUAACAUGAAGGAAAUGUUAGAAAUUAUGAAAGAGAUGGACAACAAAAAAACAAAGGAAAUGUUUGAAAUGAUAAAAGAGCUCGACAAUAAAAAGAUGAAGCAAGUGUUUGAAAUGAUAAAAGAGAUGGACAAUAAAAAAACACAGGAAAUGUUCACAAUGGUAAAAGAGAUGGACAACAAAAAAACAAAGGAAAUGUUUGAAAUUAUGAAAGAGGUGGACAGCAAGAACACAAAGGAAAUAAUCGAAAGGAUGAAGAAUAUGGACCAAAAAAUAACAAUUUUGUCUGACACUAUUCAGUAUCUACUGAACCUUCUGGAUAGUCACAACAGAGAACUUCCUGAAAGGGUAAUCCAAUUACUGUGUAAGGAGAAAGAGGAAAAUGAGAUGCUGAAAGAGAAGACAAAAAAGCUACAGGAAAGAAUGCAAGAGAUGUUGACUAAAGCAAUGGCCACGCACCAACACUCUGAGGACAUCAGUGACCCUUCACGUUUGUCUGCAGUGCUGGAGAGAUACGAGAUGCUCCGGCUACAGGAAUGGGAGAAAGUCAGGAGCUCCAUGCCCUACCGUUGGACCUAUGAAGAGGGCAGCCGCAUCAUUAGGAGGGUGUUUGAUGCCUGUGAAAAAGAUAUACAGAAGAGAGCAGAUGACAUACUUAAAGUUCUUGACAUUCCACCUUCAAAUAAGGUGAUGAUGCAUGACAUAAUGAAGCUGCUCAGGCAACAGUAUCACCAAAACUCAAUGGUUUACAAGAAGAUUGUUCAAGAAGCUGCCAUUCACAUAAGAACUGAAAAUGAAACACAGUUCCUGAUGCAGUGCUGUCAAAUUUAUUGUCUACUGCUUCUUCAGGACCCACCAGUUAAAGCUGAGUGGAAGAUGAACAGAAACCAUUUAGAGCACGUGGACAAGAAAGAUGAAGUGCACUGGCAAAAAGCAUCACUUCUGUGGCCCAUAAUGAAACGUGGGGAAGAAAUUAUUGUGAAAGGUGUAGUCUGGGAUCAAAGGAAAAUGACUUGAGAGUCGGGCUAAUUACUUACUUAGCCAUAAGAAGAUGAAACAGCUGCUAUGCGAUACUCUGCUUUUCUUUCUCCCAUUAAUUGCCUACUUUUCAGAGCUAGUAAGUUAGACAUCCCCCACAUGGGACAUCUAGGAUAAAUCAUCAUUAACAAACCUGUAUUAAAAACUGAAGCUAUUCCAAUUGUCUCCUCACAAAGGCCACCUGCCUGUUAGCACUCCCCUGCUUUCCCACAUCUGUACAAUUUACCUUUCCCAAAGUCCUUCAGCUACACACGUGCCACAGCACUGGACCAAAGAAAUCUACAAGUUGUAUUCCGUGGCAUAAUGGGGAUGCAAUGAGGCAAAUGCAUGUUUAUGUUAUUUGGUGUGACACAGUAUUCUGUGAGCAACUUGAGAAUUACCAAAUAAAAAAGACUUUAAAUUC